AUGUCUGGUCGAGCUUCGAGCAACAUCCCACCUCCCAUCCUCAAAGUCUGGCAACGCGAAGAACAGAAUCUACAGAGGAAAUACCAGUCUGCGGGCUUCAAUAUGACUUCUACCCGGGCUAUCGUGUGUCAUGACACGCUGGACAAUGGCGGAUGGAAGAUGGAAGAGGUCUCCGUGAGACCGUUGGAAGAGGGGGAACUGCUCGUGGAGAUGGUAGCGACGGGUGUCUGCCAUACCGAUGCUCUCAUUGGAGGUCUCCCAGGCGGAUCCAGUCCCAUUGCUUUCUAUCCAAGAAUCCUGGGACAUGAGGGUAUGUCGACUUCCUUUCCUUGCGAUCCUGGAGCUCAUGAUGCUGAUGUUGCGCAGGUUCUGGCUACGUCCGCGAAAUCGGUCCCAACGUGACCUGCGCGAAGCCGGGCGACGCAGUCCUCUGCUCCUUCGCCUUCUGCAAUAGAUGCGAGAUUUGCAAAGCAGGGCACCACAGCAACUGCAAUUCCUUCAACGAGCUCAAUUUCGGUCCUGCCAAUGUCUUCCACCUCGCGAGCAAAUCCGGCGAACCAGAAGUAGGGGGCACCUUCUUUGGGCAAUCCUCUUUCGCCAACUUCAGCAUAGUCAAGCAAUGCUCCGUCGUCAACGCCUCCAAUAUCGGAGUGGAAGAUAAGAAGGAUCUACAACUCUUCGCUCCUCUCGGAUGCGGUAUCCAGACGGGCAGUGGAACAGUAGUGAACGUCAGUGGAGCUGGACCGAAAGAUUCCAUCUGCAUCAUGGGUCUCGGAGGAGUCGGUUUAUCAGCCGUCAUGGGCGCCAAGAUCAUGGGCUGCAGACAAAUCAUCGGCAUCGACAAGAUCCCCAGCCGCCUCCAACUCGCCCAAGAGCUGGGAUGCACACACGUCAUCGACGGAAGCAAACUCGACGAGGGCAAAACUCUCUCCGACGUCGUACAAGACAUCGCCGACGGCGUAGGCCCCACCAUCACCAUCGACACCACCGGCGCGCCCGUCCUCAUGGACGCCGGCACCAAAUUCACCCGCAACCACGGCAAAUACAUCCAGGUCGGCUCUCCCCCCUUCGACUACAUGCUCGGCAAUCUCUCCGCGUUCGAAUUCAUGAUCUCCGGCAAGCAGUACAUUGGCGCCAUCGAAGGCGGCGCGUACCCGCCGGAAUACGUGCCCCAGAUGAUCCGGUGGUAUCGCGAGGGGAAGUUCCCCAUCGAUCGGUUGAUGAAAUUGAUACCGGCGGAUCAGUUCCACGAGGCGCUGCAUGAGAUGCACACGGGGGAGACGAUCAAGCCGAUUCUGACUUGGUCGUAG